GGCUGUCCUCUGCACCAUCGCACUCUGUCCGUUGUACAUCUUUCGAGCGUGUCGAAACCUGUGGAUGUCUCAGCAAGCAGCUGCACCUAAGCCUACGCUCCAGGGGGUCCGUAUCAGAGCAAGGAAAGGUGCUGUCAAAGCUCACGCCAAACACGAACCCACGAUCUUCAGAGACCAACUGUACAAACACCUCGAGACCGUCCCCGAGAACGACUUUGAGGGCGUAACCAACAAACUUGUUCAAGCCGGCUCUACCCUCGAGUAUCUCAAGUAUGCAGAAGCUCUCUUCGAGAUUCUACUCAUCGGCGGCCUGCUACAACCCGGUGGUAACUACCUGGACGAUGGCGCACCGCCUUCUCCCUUCUCCGUCCUCAAGGCGAAAGAGCCGGUGGAGGUGGCUAACAUAAAGCAGUAUGUGGACGUACUCAACAAGUUGAUCAGGAGGUACAAAUAUCUGCAGAGACCUCUGGAGGAGACAUCACUGCCUACUCUGCUGCAGUACAUCAACAGGUGGACCGACGUCCAGCGGAACAAACUCGCUGUCGCGACUGCCCUCACGAUGGCCCAAGGCCUGGCAAGUGCGGGGUGCCUGCAGAGUCUGACCAAGGACCAUCUUGUGAAGAAUGACGUUGCUAUCAACGUCGUUACAACCGUCUUCCACGCCUACCUCUCGGAGCAAUCCAUGGAUCAUCUCGCGGCUUCGUUGAAACGUGGCGGGAUCAAGGAUUUGCUGGCAUUCUUCCCUGAGAACAAGCGUCAGGAUAAGGUGCUCGAUGAGCACUUCCGCAAGGCCGGUUUGGCGCAAGUGGCGGACUGGUGGACCAAACGUCAGAAUGCCUCUUUGAGGGAAGGCAUUAUCAAGACAUUACAGGAGAUGCUGGAACGCGAGACUCCUCACGAAGAGAUCGUGGCUACUCUUAAGACCCAGCAGGAGGAGCGUCCUCUCCCCGAGACGGAGCUGAUUCAGUGCAUCUGGCAAGGACUCAUAUCGUCUGUCGAGUGGUCAGCGCGUCAGGACCAGAACGAAGCUCUCGCAAUCCGCGAGAUCACCAAUUUCACCGAUAUUCUUGAGCCCUUCUGUAAUGGUCCCAAGACCGAGGUCGCCCUUAUCAACAUUGUACAAGUGUAUUGUUACGAAGAUACGCGGAUCAUGAAGGCGUUCCAGCAGAUCCUGAAGGUGUUGUAUAACAAAGACUGUAUCUCUGACCAAGCCAUCAUUUAUUGGCACCAGAAGGGCGCAAAGCCCCAGGGCAAGCAGCAUUUCUUGCAAGCGACGCAGACGCUCGUGAAGUUCUUGCAGGAACAAGAGGAGAGCGAGGAAGAGGAAUGAUGGCAUGCAUAGACGAUGUAGCAAACACCUGCGUAGAUGUUCCUUGCGUAACGUACACGACCCUAGUGAAACGGAGGAUUAUCGAAUUCUAUGAAUAUGUACACACCAAGCAGAUGUACACGAUGUACACGAGAGCGAACGUAUCAUGACGGGGACCUAAUACACAAUAAAACACUUUAGAGGGCCCCGGCGCUG